CUUCUCUCAUCUCUCCCUGAUUCUCAGUCGCUCGCAGUAGUUACAAGCAGUUACACACUCUGGACAUCAUCAAAAAAAUUUACAUUAUAUUUUUAUACAAUUAAAUUUUUAUUUAUACAUUUUUUAAAUUCAUUUACAAUUACUUCUAUCAAGUUAAUUAAUAUGACGUAAAUUAGAAAAAUUUAUCAAAGUGAAAUAAUUUCUUUUUUCUUUUUUAAAUUUAAUUAUUAUUUUUAAGUGAUUUCUAAAAUGCGGGAUAAAUUUACAUUUAGUACCGGAGUUUCGGAUUUACACGAUAAUUUACCGAGUAUAUUGGAUACUGGAGAUAAAUUGGAAAUAAAAAAUUUAGAAUUAAAGGAAGAUAACAAUGUGAAUGAUAAAAAUAUUGAUGAAAAAUUAUUGUGUGGUUUGUUUUACUAUCGGCCGUCUUAUUUACAAAAAUUUAGAACAGCAAAAUGGGCAUUAUUUUUCUUGUGUUGGGCUGGUUCAUUGCAAGGAAUUAUUGUUAAUGGAUUUAUCAAUGUUGUUAUAACAACAAUUGAAAAAAGAUUUGAUUUAACUUCUAAACAAACUGGAUUAAUUGCUGGUGGUUAUGAUAUUGCUAGUUUUUUACUUUUGGUUCCUGUUAGUUAUCUUGGAGGUCGAACGAGUGCAUCGAAACCAAAAUACAUUGGCAUAGGUGUUUUAAUCCUCGGAAUUGGAAGCAUACUUUUUGCAUCCCCGCAAUACAUAGCUGGCACAUACAGAACUAUAAAAAAAUCUGAAAAUCUCUGUCAACAAUUAUCAAUACCUGACAACUCUACUCAGUCAAGUUGCGCAUUCGAUGAUAACAACAGUGAAUUUUAUCUUGCUAUUUUUUUCAUUGCACAAUUAAUACAAGGUGCCGGAGCAGCACCUUUUUACACACUGGGUGUUACUUAUCUCGAUGAAAAUGUUUCAAAAAAAAUGUCAUCAGUUUAUUUAGGAAUUUAUUACACAACAGCUGUCAUUGGACCAGCACUUGGCUAUGUAAUCGGUGGUGAAUUAUUAAAAAUUUACACUGAUUUUAUGGUCGUAGAUCCAGCCUCACUUGGAAUGACUUCAGAGAGUAAUGUUUGGAUCGGAGCAUGGUGGAUUGGAUUUGUAGCAAGUGCUGUUAUUUGUUUUAUAAUUGCAAUUCCAAUUUUAGCAUUUCCUGCAGUAUUACCAGGAUCAAAAGAAUUGGCAAAAGAAAAAAUUUCAGAAGCUCAUGAAAAAUCAAAUAGUAAACAAGUUGGUGAUGGAUUUUCAAAUAUCAAAGGACUUCCAAGUGCUUUAAAACAAUUACUAAGUAAUCCAGCUUUUUUCAUGUUGAAUCUUGCUGGUUCAAGUGAGGGUCUAUUGGUUGCUGGUUUUGCUGCAUUUUUACCAAAAUUAAUUGAAAAUCAAUUUAGUGUCAGUGCAAGUUCAGCAGCACUACUAAUGGGAUUAGUAACUGUACCAGCUGGUGGUGGUGGAACAUUUCUCGGUGGCUACUUAGUAAAACGUUGGAAUUUAUCCUGCUCUGGUAUUCUUAAAUUUUGUAUUAUUUCAACUGGUAUUUGUAUUAUUUUCACUGCCUGUUUUGGUCUUACCUGUCCAAACAAUGAUUUUGCUGGAUUAACAGUUCCAUAUAGCCAAAAUUUCAAAGAACCAAUUAAUUUAAAUAGCACAUGUAACAGUGCAUGUGGAUGUACAACAAAAAAAUUCAAUCCAAUUUGUGGAGUUAAUGGUGUGACAUAUUAUUCACCAUGUCAUGCUGGAUGUCAACAAGAAAUAACAAUAAAUGACAUUAAAGUUUAUAAAAAUUGUACGUGUAUUGAUGACACAUCAAAAAAUAUAAUUAAUCAGUCAGGUGAUAUUGUGAUGUAUGAAGCAAUCAACACAAGUUGCAGUACAACAUGUUCAUAUUUAAAAAUAUUUGUAAUAUUGGCAUUUUGUAAUAUGUUGAUGACAUUUAUGUGUACAAUGCCAGCAUUAUCAGCAACAUUGAGAGUUGUUAGAGAUGAAGAAAAAUCAUUUGCACUUGGUAUACAAUGGAUCAAAGUAAGGAUACUUGGUACAAUACCAGCACCAAUAAUAUUUGGUGCAUUAAUUGAUGACACAUGUAUUCUUUGGAAUGAUAAUUCACAAGGACAAGGUGCUUGUCUUGUGUAUGAUAAUUAUUACAUGAGCAGAUAUAUGCUGUCACUUGCAUUUAUUGGUAAAUGUACAUCACUGAUUUUCUUUUUUUUUGCUUGGUGGUGUUAUGUACCACCUGGUACUAUUUCUGGAAGACGAAUUAGUCCUGAUCAAGGUCAACAAUCCAUUGCAACAAUUAUACAUUCUGAAAGCUUACAAAUUGAAUCAAAAUAAAAUUCAAAAAAUUAAAAUUAAUAUACCAAAUUUUUUUAAUGAUUAUUUAUAGUAAAAUUUUUGUUAAUUCAAUAGCUAUUAUUACUCAUACAAGUGUAAGACUGAGUCUGUUAAGUAAGACCAUAUUGAAAAAGGAAAAAAUAUGAUCUUUAAUAAUUUAUGAUAGUUUAAAUAUUAAUAAAUGUUUAUAAUAAAUAAAUUUAAAAAAAAAAAUAGUAUCAUGAUGAGGUAUUAAUAAUUUAAUAAUUGUAAAAAUAAAUUUUACAUUUUUGAUUGUUUUAUUGCAUAAUUUAAAAUCGUUGGUAAAUGAUAAAAUUAUUGUUCACUUUUUUUUAUUUUUUAUUUUACUAAUUAGGUACAUAAUUUUUGUAUUUCAAUUGAAAUUUUUUUAUGAAAAAUAUAUAUACAAAUAUUA